AUGCGUAGCGAACGUGCCCAUUGUUGUCCUCUCUUGUCGACGUCGUUGCAACUAGCGCCUCGUCAGAGCCUCGUGCUCCAGUUCUCGAACUCGCUAUUGUCAAGACGGAGACGAGGCUGGGAUCGUUCCCGCCCUCCGUCUCCGUCUCGUCUCACCGACCGCGCAGCAUUGCACCAACACAACGCACGCCGCGUCUGCUUGCUCAGCCCUGAAAGGCACACGCAAACAUGGCGCUGUUGCUUCAUGCAUUCACGGUUCCUUUUCCAGUCCAGAAUUUGGUCGGGCCAUCCCAGCUUGUCUGCCCUCUGUCUGCGGCUCCUUGCAACCCUGCAGCCAACUCUAUCUCACCCACGUCUCCCCGAUCACCAUCGCUGGACCACAGAUAUAGUGUUCAGAUACGUACAACGGCACUCUCCAUUAAGUUCCAUUGUCCCAGCCUUGGGCUCUUUGCCGUUGAGGGUCGCGUUGGGCCUCGUCACCUUUACGGUUUCGAACAGAUACCGCGUCAGAGGUUGA